GGUGGCGCGUGGGGGAUGCGCGAGCGGCGGCGGCGGCGGAUCCCGAGCGGGGCUGCGGCGGGAGGCGGGGGCGGCCGCCGUCAUCAGCGCCGCCAUGCUGAGCCGCAGCUCGUUCACCAGCCUGGUGGUGGGGGUGUUCGCCGUGUACGUGGCGCACACCUGCUGGGUCAUGUACGGCAUCGUCUACACGCGGCCCUGCCUGGCGACGGCGGCGGCCGGCGCGGCGGGGGGGUGCGUCUGGCCCUACCUUGCUCGGAGGCCCAAGCUGCAGGUGAGCGUUUCUUCAUGCACAAGGUCAAGCAUUGGUGCUGAGAGUAAUAUAGAUCUCGUUUUGAAUGUGGAGGAUUUUGAUAUUGAGUCCAAAUUUGAAAGGACAGUGAAUGUCUCUGUACCAAAGAAAACGCGAAAUAAUGGCACAUUAUAUGCAUAUAUAUUUCUUCAUCAUGCUGGCAUUUUGCCUUGGCAUGAUGGUAAGCAGGUGCAUAUAGUAAGCCCUCUGACCACAUACAUGGUCCCCAAACCAGAAGAGAUUAAUUUGCUCACUGGAGAAUCAGACACACAGCAAAUCGAAGCGGAAAAGCACACAAAUGCUCUGGAUGAACCUAUCUCUCACUGGAGGUCAAGAUUAACCUUAAAUGUCAUGGUGGAAGAUUUUGUGUUUGAUGGAUCAUCCCUCCCUGCUGAUGUUCACCGUUACAUGAAAAUGGUUCAGUUGGGGAAGACAGUGCAUUACCUUCCAAUAUUAUUUAUUGAUCAGCUAAGCAACAGAGUGAAAGAUUUGAUGGUUAUAAAUCGUUCAACAACAGAGCUACCUCUUACAGUGUCAUAUGACAAAAUAUCUCUUGGAAAACUCCGAUUUUGGAUCCACAUGCAGGAUGCUGUGUACUCCCUCCAGCAAUUUGGGUUUUCAGAAAAGGAUGCAGAUGAAGUAAAAGGAAUUUUUGUUGAUACUAACCUUUACUUUCUGGCUCUGACAUUCUUCGUAGCAGCAUUCCAUCUUCUGUUUGAUUUCCUUGCAUUCAAAAAUGACAUAAGUUUUUGGAAGAAAAAGAGGAGCAUGAUUGGGAUGUCUACAAAAGCAGUGCUUUGGCGGUGCUUUAGUACUGUGGUAAUAUUUCUUUUCCUUUUGGAUGAACAAACAAGUUUAUUGGUACUGAUCCCAGCAGGCAUUGGUGCACUGAUUGAGGUCUGGAAAGUGAAGAAAGCCUUGAAGAUGACAAUCAAGUGGCAAGGCUUGAGACCCAAAUUUCAGUUUGGUACAUACAAUGACUCUGAAAAGAAAACUGAGGAGUAUGACGCCCAGGCUAUGAAAUACUUGUCAUAUUUGCUCUAUCCACUGUGUAUUGGAGGUGCAGGUUAUUCCUUGCUGAAUGUCAAAUACAAAAGCUGGUACUCCUGGUUGAUUAACAGUUUUGUCAAUGGAGUGUAUGCUUUUGGAUUCCUGUUUAUGCUGCCCCAACUGUUUGUAAACUACAAGAUGAAAUCUGUUGCACACUUGCCAUGGAAGGCUUUCACAUACAAAGCAUUCAACACCUUUAUUGAUGAUAUAUUUGCUUUUAUCAUCACUAUGCCAACAUCUCAUAGGCUGGCAUGCUUUAGAGAUGAUGUUGUGUUCCUGGUGUAUCUUUACCAAAGAUGGCUUUAUCCCGUGGAUAAGAGCAGAGUAAAUGAGUAUGGAGAAUCUUAUGAAGAAAAGACAAAAAAAAAAGCUCAUAGAGAAUAACUAAGAACUGAAGAAGAUUCUGACCCCUGGACUUUUACUUGCUUUGUGUAUUAUCUGGUCUUAAGGAAGGAAAAACUUAUUUAAUAAGAGUAUUUUUAAAGCUUAUGACAAAACUACAUGGACAAUACGUCUUCUAUAUUGCCAAAAUCUAGUUUUGAUAUCCUCCUGUUUCAAGACCCUCUUUUGUCCUCACAAGGUUCAAAGUCUGCCAGAUGUCAUUAUAUAAACUUCCUGCAUUUCAGCUUCUCUUCAGUAAAAGCUUAAGCAUCCUGACCAUGGUAAUUAAGAUCCAAAUCUAUGUUUUUAAGACAAUUCAUUAAGUGAAAUUGUGGUGCCCACACCACUAGGCUAUGAAAAGUGAAAAAACGAGACAAUGCAUUACAAAAGAACCAAGCAUUAUUGCCAAACUAGAGGCUGUCAAAAAUAAAAGAUAUAAUAUUGGAUUAAUUACAAAUAAUUCUCAUUUGAUGAUGGAGAUAAUGAAAAUUCUAGGAAUUGUGACUUCAUAACUUAAAAAAUACAUUGUUGGAAAUAUAUGAUGAGACGGAUGAGACAGAUGGGGUUGUUAACUUCAAAUUCUGCCACAUUCUUGGUCCACAACACAGCAGAGGGUUUUAGUUGUCUUAAACUGAAUGAAGGUGUGGAAAAAACUGUAACAUGAUUUCCUUUGGUAGGUAUCCAAGUUUACAUAAAUCCUUCUGCAUUGUUGACAAACCUGAUUUCUUGCAUAGCAGCUAUUCACAUAAUGCAAAUCAUUGUUAUGUGCUAAGAAAGUCUCUUAACACAUCUUAAAUUCUUCAUAAUUUGGUACCUCAGUGACCUACUAGGUCAAUUCUGUCACGUUUCAAAGGGAAUAAUUCCUUGGUCUUUUUUCCUCUCCCUACCUGCCCCAUCCUGUUUAUAAGAUGAAACAUGCCUCAUUCAGGUGGAAUAAAUUUGCUUAAAUACAAUACAGGUUCAACAAACUACCCUAAUACAGAGGAAAAAAAACCAUCCUGGUGAAGAACAGGUAUGCUUUUGUAUAUUCCAUGGAAAUGUAAUUCAUUAAGGGAAGUAUUUGCUCUAUUUCUUUCAAACUGGUAAAAUAAUCCGGUUGAAUUAUUACACCAAAAUAGAAACUUCACAGCUAUCAGCUAUAUCUAGAAACCAUGGUUCUAGAUUUUAAAAAGCAAGUUUCUUAGUAACAGUAAGUGAAAUACAGAGUGCAUUCCUUUCAGCAUCAAAUAAAAUGUAAUUAAAACAAUUCCAAAAGGCAGAAUUCUCCUUUCCAAUUCUAGUUUUGCUUUGGUCAGUAUGUUUACAAACUAAGCCUAACGAUUCUUAAGUUUCUUCAAUUGCAUGCUGUUUGUGCAAAGCUGUUAAACCUGAAUUGAUGGAAAAUAUUCACUGAAUAACCUUGAAGAACACAGGUCAACUCCUAUGGUCUGUAACUGGUUAAUGAAGUGGAUUUUAUCCAGUUCUGAUACUGCAAAAGUCUGAACGUAUAAAUAUUUGGGUCCCAAAAAAAUUAAGAAAUGUGUCUAAUUUCUUUUGUCACGGGCAAAAGAAAUGUCAGUAUGUCUCUCCUAUACUGAAGUCCUCCUUACAUGCUCCUGGCAAUGGAAAGGAGUCUUGAAGUGAAUAUUUAGCUCUUGUUCAUGUUAAAGUCUCUUUAUGCUGUUAAUUGUAACUAAGGAGGACUGUUGAUUUUAGCAUCAAACACACAUAAAUAAGUCUAUGCAAAACUGGGGUUGCAUUUGGUAUAUCUUGUACCUGUUUUGAAUUUGUUUGGAAUGAGCUAUUUUCUUUUAAGCAAACUAAUUUGUAGCUCCUAUUUCAUAAUAAGUUAAAUGUGUGUGAAAAUUUUUCCUGAUAUAAAGAAUGCAUAUAGCAUGUUCCCAUUUUUGCCAUUUCAAAACAACCAAGUCACUGAUUAUUCUAGAGUAGCUUCUGAAAAUCCAGAACACCAUAUUUGGAUAUUUCUGGUGUUUCAUCACUUAUUUUUUUAUAUAGCUGUUGAAAAAUCACUCUUCCACCUUUACAUACUGUGAGUUUAUUGGUCCUCUGUCUUGCAUUUCUGAUGAAAAUGACCUCAUAAUAUCCCAUAAAAUAGUCAUAAAGCAUAUAAAAUUAGAAUAUUUUAAGUCUUUAAAUGAGCAAGACUUUCCCGUUCAAGUCAUUGUUUAUGCAUUCCAUUUCCAAAUAAAAGACUUGUCAUACGGGAUAAAGAGUUACCUUUUGUUACUAGAAAUAAAUGUGGUGGAAAAAGUACAUAAGUAGAA